AUGAAAUCGAUCGGCAUGGAAAACUGCUCCGAUCGGCUCAGUCCACCGAGUGACGUGACCAGCGGCUCAGAAACCUCACUCCCGCCCUUCAACUACGAACCAAGCCAGUUCUACGCGCAACAAGAACUCGAGAAACAGUAUUUCUCGUGUAAAAAGACAAAAGACGAACGCAAAACGAACGCCAUUUACAUAGACGGUAAAGCUUACGAGAGCCAGCAGAGGAACAAGAGGUACAUCAACUUCGAGCUGAAGCUUCCGCCGCACGACGAUUACUUCACGAUCGAAAGCGACCGCCAGAACUAUUACGACGAAUUAAAAAGCUGCAUUCACAACGAGAGCGCGCUCGUGGAGCUAAAGGGACCGACGGGGUUCGAAGACGCGGAAGGCAACGAACGCGUUCAGUUUUGCGCCGAGAACGAAAACAAUAAUACGAGGAGAUGCCUGAACUUCAAUUCGGAGCAGGUUCAGUGCGUCUGCGAAGCGCUACAGCAGAAAGGGGACAUUGAGAAACUGGCCGCUUUUUUAUGGAGUCUACCGCCCAGUGAAUUGUUGCGGGGAAACGAAACUGUGCUCAGGGCCCGAGCUUUGGUAGCUUACCACAGAGGAGUGUUCCAAGAGCUUUACGCUAUAUUGGAAGCUCACACGUUUUCCCCGAGACACCACACGUCCCUACAGAACUUGUGGUUCAAAGCUCAUUACAAAGAAGCCGAAAAAGUACGCGGGAGAGCUUUGGGAGCCGUUGACAAAUAUAGGUUAAGAAAGAAAUACCCUUUACCCAAGACCAUAUGGGAUGGCGAAGAGACCGUCUAUUGCUUCAAAGAGAAAAGCCGAAACGCUCUGAAGGACUGUUAUUACAGGAAUCGGUACCCGACGCCUGACGAGAAACGAGCCCUCGCUCAGAAGACGGGUCUGACGUUAACGCAAGUAUCAAACUGGUUCAAGAACCGUCGACAGCGCGACAGGACUCCGCAACAGCCUAACAGACCCGAGAUGCUGGUGCCGGCGCAGUACGCGGGGCCGCAGGGAGGACUUGCCCAAGCUUUACUGCCGAACGCGUACUACCAUCAGCUCCAAGACCCCACGCAUUAUCUUCACGGAACACCGUGA